AUGGCAGAUCAACAGGAACACAAUGCGCCUACAGAUAUCGUCUUUAACAAAUUUAGCAAUGGUCCAGCGGUCAAACAGAAAUCACUUCGUUGCAACGAUCAGUUGGAAGACCUACUGAUCGGCAUAUCACAGUGGCCUAUGGAUGUGGCAAAACCAUUCUCCGCCUUUUGGCAGUGUUUGAAAUCAAAGCCAGGCAAGUGUGUCCCGCUUUGGGAUUACGUCAAUAUGAUUAGUGAGAUUGAUGUCGGCAUUUUGGAAGGUGCAUUUGAGAAAUACUUGAUAGUCAUUACUCGUACACAAUUUCGAGGAUAUUUAUGUGGGCAUGCUACUUUUGCGAUUGAGCAGAUUGCGUGCCUGAAAUUUGAUGCGAUAGCCGCGCAAGAAACUUUGGACAAAAAGACGCGAGCGCUGCCUGAUGCGCUUGACGAUUCGGAAAGCGAGAGUGAAAUUCCUGGCGAGAUCGCAGCAGUGGAGAACUCAGCUGUAGUCUCAUCUGGACCGUUGACCGCUCCCGCAAGCAGCAGUUUACCCCCUUCGAUUCUCAAACGUUCUGCGCCGUUACUCCCACCCUUCAAGAUCCCAUUUUUGCGAAAACAUACCAAUCCGGAUAAUACCAUACAACCAGCAGCCAUUGACGAAAUCGAUGAUCCAUUGCCGGCAGAACCUUUACCUAGAAAUGAGGAGGAUGCAUUGUUGGAGCAGCGUCUUGUGAAACAGAUUGUUGAAAUGUUUAGUCGACAAAUAUUUAUUUUUUCAUACGAUUGCGGUAUGUACGACUUUUCUCUCAACCGUGAUACCAUUAUGCUAAUGCGCAUCCAUCAAGAUAUCACCAACAGUUUUCAGCGAACUGAAGACAAUCGACCUAACCAGCCAUUGUCAGAGCACUUGUGGCAAAAGGCGGACAAGCGCUUCUGGUGGAACGAACAUUUAUGUCAGCCGUUGAUUGCUGAACAGCUGGAUGAGUGGAUCUUGCCGGUCAUGCAAGGAUAUAUACAAACUGAGAAUUGUGUCAUUGACGAGUAUGAAUUCGAGUUUGUGUUAAUCUCGCGACGAAGUCGAGACAGAGCUGGGAUGCGCUAUCAGCGACGAGGUAUUGACGAGAAUGGCAAUGUUGCAAACUUUGUGGAAACAGAGCAGUUGGUAUUUUUCAAGCAAGAUGGAAUACAAUACGUAACAUCGUUCGUUCAAACCCGUGGUUCCGUUCCGAUAUUCUGGAGUCAAUCUCCGUACAGCUUGCAUCCUAUUCCAGUACUCGAGCGCGACGACGAAGAAAAUCAAGCAGCAUUUUCAAGGCAUUUUUCGAAACAGGAGCGACUUUAUGGAAAGCAAGUAAUUGUCAAUUUAACUGAAUUGACUGGAAGAGAAGCCAUCGUUGGAUCAGCUUAUCGAAGACACGUAGAACAACAGGGAGAUCCAAACAUCAUAUACAUCGAAUUCGAUUUCCAUCGUGAAACAAAGGGAAUGCGGUUUGAAAACAUCGAUAAAUUGAGAACAAGCUUAGCAGGCGAACUGUCCAAAAUCUCGUAUAUGUGGAAGGGCAACGAUACUGUGUAUUGCCGACAGCAAGGCGUAUUUCGUACAAACUGUAUGGAUUGUUUAGAUCGAACCAACGUUGUUCAGAGUGCAUUUGGCCGCAGUAUGCUUCAAUUACAGCUCACGCGCUUGGGAAUAACGGAAUUGCCAAACCAAGGCCUCAAGCAGUAUGGGCAGCUGGAUAGGAUCUUUAAUAAUGCUUGGGCUAACAAUGGAGACAUUAUCUCGCGAAUGUAUGCUGGCACCAGUGCUUUGAAGGGUGACUUUACCCGAACGGGAAAACGGAACAUCACGGGAAUCAUGAAUGAUGCUUCCAAUUCCUUGGCCCGUGUAUAUUUUAAUACAGUCAAGGAUUUUUGGACACAAGCUGCGAUAGAUUAUAUCUUGGGUUACCAUACAUUCGAGAUUUUACGUCAAGUGCGCGAAAGUGUGCUAAGAUCAGCCGAGCCUGGAACGGAACGUCGAUGGGCCAAAGUCAGAGCCGACGCCAUUGAAAUCAGCAGCGCCAUCGUCAUUGCCAAUGAUGAAAAGCAAAUUGCAGGUUGGACUCUGCUGGCACCGGCCGAAGAGCAGAAGAGCAAAAAGUUUGAAGAAAAAGUACUCUUGCUGACGGACAGUGCCAUCUACUUGUGCAGUUACAAUUAUCGUCUGGAAAAAGUCGUGCAGUUCAAACGUAUAGGGUUAGACACAAUCGUUCGAUUGCAAAUUGGCGAGUACAUUUUGUCGACGGUUGCCCCAGCUUCAUGUAAUAUCGAUCAGAACUAUGGAAUGAUAUUAUACUAUCGAACGGACGGAGAGCUCGUACGAUGGAAUACCGGCAGCAUGCGCAAUGAGCACUUGGCCGACCUCAAUAUUGUAUCACCUUCAUCUUCAGAAGUCGCCGGCAGUGAUCAAGAUAGGAAUUUGGACAGUGACACGUCGUUGAUGAACAGCCAAGAUAUGGCAUUUUUGAUAUUCAAAGCCGUUCGACAGAAUGUUUUUGGAGAGCUUUCAGAGCCUGCGAGUCUUAUGAAUUGUCGGGAACAAAUUGAAUCAAUUGCUGCAAAAAUUGCUACCGCUUGUGGUUACAAAGAUGCCUUGCAAGAUGAAGAGAAAUUUAUUUCUCGUAAGCCGAUUGUCAGUUUUGAAGAAGCAGAAAAGAGAGACGGAUUCAUGAAAAGAGUAGGUUAUAAGCUCAAGCAGUCCAUAUUAUGGCCCUAG